AAGUAGCGUUUCUCUUUUUUAAAACGUUCCCCAAACCCGCCAACAACACUUUGAUUAAACCCAGCCAAAACCCUUCCUUCACCAUCUCCCUCCCUCAGAACUCUUCGCGGCAUUUCUGUUCUUCCGAAUUUUAUAUGUCAUUAAAUAUUCAUUAUUCUUUACUCUCAUCUCUUUCCGGUGCUCUGAAUCCUCUCUUUGCUGCUCGAUCUAGGGUUUCUAUUAACUCAGAGCUCUAGAAUUUCUGUAGCUUGUGAUUUUAGGGUUUACAAUAUCGAAAGAGGAAGAUGUCGUGGGAAGAGGAGAUUGUCGUCCGGGAUGUAACAAAUGCUGGUCUCGUCGUGAGCGACCGCAUUGCGAGGGAUGUCUCUGCUCAGCUCGACCUGGAAGAGGCCCUAGAAGCUUCUAGGUAUGCGAGCCAUCCGUACUCUUCUCAUCCCAGAGAGUGGCCUCCUUUGGUUGAAGUUGUGGAUACUUGGGAUUUGCCUCCUGUGCUUGUUGAAAGAUAUAAUGCAGCUGGUGGAGAGGGAACUGCUUUGUGUGGAAUAUUUCCAGAAAUACGCAGGGCAUGGGCAUCUGUAGAUAACUCUCUGUUUCUUUGGCGCUUUGAUAAAUGGGAUGGUCAAUGCCCUGAAUACAGUGGUGAGGAACAAGCUAUAUGUGCUGUUGGCCUGGCAAAAUGUAAGCCUGGCAUUUUUGUUGAAGCCAUACAAUAUCUUUUAGUCCUGGCAACUCCUGUUGAGUUGAUUCUCGUAGGGGUAUGCUGCAGUGGGAGGGGAGAUGGAACAGAUCCAUAUGCUGAGGUUUCACUUCAACCCUUGCCUGAGUAUACAAUACCAUCUGAUGGUGUUACCAUGACUUGUAUCACAUGUACAGAUAAGGGUCAUAUCUUCCUUGCUGGUCGUGAUGGCCACAUUUACGAGAUGCAGUAUACAACUGGCUCGGGAUGGCAUAAGCGUUGCCGCAACGUUUGCCUUACUGCAGGUUUGGGAAGUGUUGUUUCAAGGUGGGUUGUACCAAAUAUUUUCAAGUUUGGAGCUGUUGAUCCCAUUGUUGAAAUGGUUAUGGAUAAUGAGAGACACAUCCUGUAUGCGCGGACAGAAGAGAUGAAACUUCAGGUGUUUGAUCUUGGGGAAAAUGGUGAUGGUCCACUGAAGAAAGUUGCAGAAGAAAAGAAUUUAAUCAAUCAGAGGGAUGCACAGCAUGGAGGCAGGCAAUCUGCAGGGUCAAGAGCUUCUUCCCGAGGAGCAAAGCCUUCUAUAAUUUGCAUUUCCCCUUUAUCGAUGGUGGAAUCAAAAUGGCUACACCUUGUUGCUGUUUUAUCAGAUGGUAGAAGGAUGUACCUUUCCACUUCUCCUUCUGGUGGGAACAGUGGAACUGUCAGCUUGGGUGGACUAAAUUCUUCUCGUCAGAAGCCAUGCUGUUUAAAAGUUGUUACAACAAGACCUUCACCUCCUUUGGGGGUUAGUGGUGGGCUUACCUUUGGAGCCAUGUCUCUUGCCAGUAGGCCGCAGGCUGAGGAUCUGGCUCUGAAGGUAGAAGCAGCAUAUUACUCUGCAGGCACUCUUAUUCUUUCUGAUUCAUCUCCGCCAACCAUGUCGUCUCUUCUAAUUGUGAACAGGGAUUCCAGCACACAAUCAUCUGCUUCAGCUAGUUUUGGGACUAGUGCAAGGAGCACUCGAGCCUUACGGGAAUCUUUAUGUUCCCUGCCUGUUGAGGGCCGAAUGCUCUUUGUUGCUGAUGUUUUACCACUUCCAGAUACAGCUGCUACUGUGCAGUCACUGUAUUCAUAUUCCGAAUCCUGGGGAUUUGAAGGCUUGGGAGAAGCAUGUGAGAAAGCAUCUGGAAAACUCUGGGCUAGAGGUGACCUGGCAACGCAACAUAUAUUACCAAGGAGGAGGAUUGUUGUAUUUAGUUCCAUGGGCAUGAUGGAAGUAGUUUUCAAUAGGCCUGUGGACAUUCUGAGGAGGCUCUUGGAAUCCAACUUACCAAGAUCAACAUUAGAGGAUUUCUUCAAUCGUUUUGGAGCUGGAGAGGCUGCAGCAAUGUCUUUAAUGCUGGCUGCAAAGAUCAUCCAUACUGAAAACAUAAUAAGCAAUGCUGUUGCUGAAAAGGCAGCAGAAGCAUUUGAAGAUCCACGAAUUGUUGGGAUGCCACAACUUGAAGGUAGUGCUGCACUGUCAAAUACCAGGACUCCCCCUGGAGGCUUCAGCAUGGGUCAGGUUGUUCAAGAGGCUGAGCCCAUCUUUUCUGGUGCCCAUGAAGGACUCUGCUUGUGUUCAUCAAGAUUGCUUUUCCCUGUUUGGGAGCUUCCUGUUGUUGUUGUAAAAGGCCAUAUAGGUUCUGAUACGGGUUUUGAGAAUGGGGUGGUUGUUUGCAGACUCUCUGUUGGGGCAAUGCAAGUUCUUGAAAGCAAAAUUCGUUACUUGGAGCAGUUUUUGAGAUCUAGAAGGAAUCAGAGAAGGGGACUCUAUGGCUGUGUUGCUGGUCUAGGGGACUUGACUGGUUCUAUUCUGUAUGGAGCUGCUUCAGAGUUAGGAGUUGGUGAGCGGAGCAUGGUAAGAAACUUAUUUGGUGCAUAUAGAAAUGUUGAUUCAAGUGAUGGUGUGGCAUCUAAUAAAAGGCAACGGCUUCCAUAUAAUCCUGCAGAAUUGGCUGCCAUGGAGGUGAGGGCAAUGGAAUGUAUCAGGCAAUUGCUCCUUAGGUCUGCUGAAGCACUGUUUUUGCUCCAACUUCUUUCACAGCAUCAUGUGGCUCGUUUGGUUCAGGGGUUUGAUGCCAACCUACGGCAGUCAUUAGUCCAACUGACAUUCCAUCAGUUAGUUUGUUCAGAGGAGGGUGAUCACCUUGCAACGAGGCUCAUCUCUGCUCUUAUGGAGUACUAUACUGGUCCUGAUGGCAGGGGGACAGUGGAUGAUAUUAGCGGGAGACUACGGGAAGGUUGUCCAAGCUAUUACAAGGAGUCUGACUACAAAUUUUACCUCGCUGUGGAGUGUCUUGAGAAAGCUGCUGUCACUGCUGAUACUGAAGAAAGGGAAAGUCUUGCUAGAGAGGCUUUUAAUUGUUUAACCAAAAUCCCUGAGUCAGCAGAUUUGACCAUCAUUUGCAAACGAUUUGAAGACUUAAGAUUUUAUGAGGCUGUGGUCCGCUUACCACUACAAAAGGCACAAGCUAUUGACCCUGCCGGUGAUGCUUUCAAUGAUCAAAUUGAUGCAAGCAUUCGAGAAAAUGCACUUGCUCGACGCCAGCAGUGCUAUGAGAUAAUCACAAGUGCAUUGCGUUCCCUGAAGGGUGAUGUUGGGCAUAAAGGAUCACAGAGGGAAUUUGGGUCUCCCAUUAGAUCUGUUGCACGAUCAGUUCUUGAUCAGGUUUCUCGGGAUAGAUACAUACGCCAGAUUGUUCAGCUUGGUGUCCAGUCACCUGACAGAGCAUUUCAUGAGUAUUUGUACAGGGCAAUGAUUGAUCUGGGUCUUGAAAAUGAGUUGUUGGAGUAUGGAGGUUCAGAUUUGGUGCCUUUUCUGCAGAGUGCUGGCCGUGACGUUCGAAAUGUUUCCCCUGUAACUUCAGAAGCUUCUCCAAUAAAUCAUUUGGGGACACCUAUUCCUUCUAAUCAAGCCAAGUACUCUGACCUUCUGGCGAGGUACUAUGUAUUAAAGCGGCAACAUGUCCUUGCAGCUCAUGUAUUGUUAAGGUUGGCAGAAAGGCGGUCCACUGAUGCUGCGGAUGCCCCUAAACUAGAGCAGAGGCGCCAAUACCUCAGUAAUGCAGUUCUGCAGGCAAAGAAUGCAAGUAAUGAUGAUGGUCUAGUAAGUGCAACCCGUGGUCCUAUUGACAAUGGGCUGCUGGAUUUGCUUGAAGGGAAGCUUGCUGUUCUUCGAUUCCAAAUGAAGAUUAAAGAGGAACUAGAAGCUAUAGGUUCAAGACUAGAAAGUUCAUCUGAAGUUGUUCCUGGUGAUCCAUUUCCUCAGAGGAACUUGGUUGCUGAUGCCAAUUUUGCAAACUCUGCAAAAGAAAAGGCCAAAGAGCUAUCAUUGGAUUUGAAAAGUAUCACUCAAUUAUACAAUGAUUUUGCAGUUCCAUUUGAGCUUUGGGAGAUAUGUUUGGAAAUGCUCUACUUUGCAAACUACUCUGGUGAUGCUGAUAGUAGUAUUGUAAGAGAAACCUGGGCUAGACUAAUGGAUCAAUCUCUUAUGAGAGGUGGCAUUGCUGAAGCUUGUUCUGUGUUAAAGAGGGUUGGCUCCCAUGUUUAUCCUGGAGAUGGAGCUGGCUUGCCUUUAGACACACUUUGUCUUCACCUUGAGAAGGCUGCAAUGGAGCGAUCAGCUUCAGGAGUUGAAAUUGUUGGAGAUGAAGAUGUUGCAAGGGCUCUUCUUGCAGCUUGCAAGGGUGCAGCUGAACCAGUAUUAAACACUUAUGAUCAGUUAUUAUCAAAUGGGGCUAUUUUGCCAUCACCAAACCUCAGAUUGCGCCUUCUCCGUUCUGUGCUUGUGGUCCUUCGUGAGUGGGCAAUGUCUGUUCUUGGACAAAGAAUGGGUACGAGUACCACUGGAGCUUCUUUGAUUCUAGGUGGAGUAUUUGCACUGGAACAAACAGCUGUGAUAAACCAAGGAGUACGAGAUAAAAUCACAAGUGCAGCUAACAGAUAUAUGACAGAUGUGCGGCGCUUGGCUCUUCCACAGAACCAGACGGAGGCUGUCUACCGAGGGUUUCGAGAACUGGAAGAGUCCCUGCUGAGUCCAUUUCCCUACGAGCGAUUUUAAAAUUUUUACAUUCUCUUGUCAACGGAAAGAAAAAGAAAUAUUUUAUGUUUCAUGUGUGCAUUAAAAUUUUCCCAUGUAAAUUACUUGAGGAAAUAAGAAGUUAUUAGAAACUAAGUACCAUUCAUUCAAUUUAAGUAUUUUAAUUGUAA